AUGGCUUCCACCUCCACCUCGCCCAACAACGUGCCAAAGGCUAACCUGUACACCUUCAAAGGUAAGUAGCACACUUCCAUUCUGGUCCAUGUCAGCAGCAGCAAUAGCCUCACGUCCUAUUCAUCUCCAUUCAGCUUCGGUCUGGGGAGCAGUGGGUGAGCAUGGCAAGGACGACCCGCAUGUUAAACCCCCUACGCAGCUCACGCUCAUUGUUUGCUUGGAACGUUUUCGCACAGCGACCAUCGGCCUCGUUGAGAAAGGUUAUGCGCCAGACGACGUAGAUCUGCGCUCGGUAGUGCUUCCAAAGGGAGAAAACUUUGCUCCAGCCUAUUUGCGCAUCAACCCCAAUGCCACGGUGCCCAGCUUGGUAGUGCCAUUGGCGGACACGACGAGCGCAGAGGUGGAUACGAAAUUCAGAGCGCUCAACGAUAGCGUCGCGGUGCUGGAAUUUUUGGGUGCGUAAGCAUUUGUGAGCAAGCGUCGGUAUUUCGUGCUCAUUCGCCUCAGCUUCCUUGCAACUGCGCUUUGCAGACUCGUCAAGGUCUCAGCAGAUUCUGGAUGCGCGUGGAGAGACUGGCACUGCUCCCGCGCCGAUGCUAGCACCGGCGACGAUCGAAGGAAAAGCAGCCAGCGAUGCUCUCAUAGCUGUACGUCGUCUUGCUCGUGCAUGCGAUGAGCGGGACACAGCUAAGCUCCUCUGAUCUUACCCGCAGCUUGUCCACCACGACGACGCCGAUCCCAACGGCCUGCUACUCGCGGUCAGGGACGAGAAGGAGCUGGAAGCUGCUGUCAAAGGCUUUCAUGGGACAUUUGUGAAGGGACGGUAAGCAAAGGGUCAAGCUGUACAGGUGUGCAUGGCCCCAAGCUGAUGGAGUCUUGCUGGCUUUGAUAUUGACAGCUUCGAGGCUCUCAAAACCUAUCGAGCCGAAACUGCUGCCCAAGCUAAAGGUCCCAAUCCGAGGGAUGCGGCAAUCACCGAGCGAUUGCUCAAUGUGAGUGCUUAUUGAUGCGGCGGGACCAGUAGCAGCGACUCACUCUGUGCUCGACUAUGCCGCCUUCGAACGCUCUGAGCAGUGGUACGAUGAAAGGUUGCUUGCGGAUGCGCCGCUCUACAAUACAUUCAUCGCUGGAGAUUCGACAGCUCAAAAGGCGUUCAUCGAGCAAUCCAUCAAUCUCUGGGUUGGUCUUGCGAAGGUGCUGUCCACUUUAGAAGAGCGACUGGUCGGACCUUUGGCGCUCGGUGACCAGAUCGCCCUGGCUGAUAUUCAUCUGAUGGCAUAUCUAGCUAGGAUCUUUCAAGUAGCUCAGAGCUUGCCCUAUGCUCCAAAAGGGGACGAGAUUUCUGCCGUGGACGCAGCUUUCAAGCACCCAGCUAUCGCUGCCAAAGUCACCAACGCUGCUGUUGGCCCCAAGGUGCGUUGCACGCUAUCGAGCCGCAUGCUUCCUUUGGCGUGCUCGUCUCUCACGUUCAUUUCCUGCCGCCCCCUCCCAUUGUUGGCAUUUCGCAGGUGGCAGCGUACUGGCAAGCUCUCAAGCAAAGACCCUCGUUCAAACACGAGUACGCCGAUGGGCUGCACUGA